UUUGCCUUGGAAGUAUUCCAUGAAUUACAUUUUUGUUUGAUCUCUUUCAUAAGAUAGUCAUGAAUACUGACCUCAACAGAGACAAAUGAAGCAUACAUCCCUUUAGAUGUUGUUCUUUUGUGAUUCUACUUAAGUCAUUGAUGCGCUCUGUGGUGUAGCCACUCCUAGGACAGUUUACCACUGAUUUGUGUGUUGUCCAUUUGUAGAUAGUGGCUUUCAAUCGUUUGUCUUGCAGUCCCAAAGUCUUACAAAUGGCUUUGUAACCAUUUCCAAACAAAUAGAGGUCAAUGGGUUUGUUUGUUCUUGAAUAUCUUUAGAUUUGAAAUUGACGUGUUGCUUUGACCUACUUCAUUCAGCCUGACAUUACGUGAUUUCUUAAUGCUAGACAUUAGUCAGAAAUCAAGCCUGAAUUUGACUAAGGAGACUUAACCAAAACAUGAAGUUAAUCCCAAUUAUUAUUAAUUACUAAGAGGGACGGGGGAGUUGUUUCUUUAAUAAAUAAAAUCAUAAUAGUACUUUUGGUUUUUACUCAGUUAUCUUUAAUAUUACAAUUUCUUUGAAAAGAGGGCUGAUACAUUUUCAUAACAGUUCAUAUUAUUAACAGUAAUAGAAAUAUUAAUAAUGCAAUGUAGCUCUAAACAGAUGGUGCCUUGCGUUAGAUCUGACCACUGUGAUCUUGCAGCUCAGAGCAUUACCCAAUAUAUCUGCAGAAACACACUUCUGCUGUUGGGAGCUCAGUGUGCAGUGUGUUAAUGGAACCAGCACAUGUGAGACAGAUGAACUGGUAUCUACUGCCUGCUCUGAGCUAAUGAAGAAGCUGUAUUUGCUUUUCAUUUUCUGUGCUGUCUUCCCAAGUCACAUGGGUUCUUUUUUAGUGCUGAUUGCAACAAUCUUUGUCACCAUAGCCACUCACUUCCUUGUAUCUUUAGCCAAACUUGAAUGUCAUUCAUUCACCAAGACCUUUACUCAGUCGGCACUUAAGAAGAGAGGAGCAGCACUGGAGCUUAGAUUGAGAAGACUUACUUGAAGUAGCAACAACUGGAUUAAAUCGAGUGGGAAAACAAAGGACGACACCACUUUGUCUCACUUAGAUAGCAGAACACCACUGGAAAUAUCAUCUCAAAGAAAAUAAACAUCUCCAGAGUGACCAGCUAACCAACGUGUUUUACUGCGACCAGCCGGGGGUUCAGAUAAAUGGCUGAUAAACAGAUCAGUUUGCCUGCCAAAUUGAUCAAUGGAGGGAUUGCCGGGAUUGUCGGAGUGACCUGUGUGUUUCCCAUUGACCUGGCCAAGACUCGCCUGCAAAACCAGCAAAAUGGAUCUCGCCUUUAUACCAGCAUGUCAGACUGCCUUAUUAAGACCAUUCGAUCAGAGGGGUAUUUUGGGAUGUACAGAGGAGCUGCGGUGAACCUAACGCUAGUUACACCAGAGAAGGCUAUCAAAUUGGCUGCUAAUGACUUCUUCAGGCAUCACCUCUCCAAGGAUGGAAAGCUCACUCUGGUCAAAGAGAUGCUGGCUGGGUGCGGAGCGGGUACAUGCCAGGUUGUUGUAACAACUCCUAUGGAGAUGUUGAAAAUCCAGCUGCAGGACGCAGGGAGGCUUGCUGCUCAGAGGAAGCUCAUGCCAGAGACGGUGGCAGCAGGAACUGUGGAGACAAAGUCCCCGACAGCCAUGCAGAUCACCAGACAAUUACUGAGGGAAAAGGGUAUUGCUGGACUCUAUAAGGGCCUUGGUGCCACACUGCUCAGGGAUGUUCCUUUCUCCGUCAUCUACUUCCCCCUUUUUGCUAAUCUGAAUAACCUGGGGAAGAAAGACGCAGAGGGCCCCGCUCCUUUUUACGUGUCGUUCAUAUCAGGCUGCGUUGCAGGAAGCACAGCGGCUGUUGCAGUCAACCCUGUUGAUGUGAUAAAGACUAGACUUCAGUCCCUUACUCGAGGAAGCACAGAAGACACAUACUCUGGAGUGAUCGACUGUAUCAGGAAAAUCAUGCGCAACGAGGGUCCUUCAGCCUUCCUGAAGGGAGCCUACUGUCGCGCCCUGGUCAUCGCACCUCUGUUCGGCAUCGCCCAGGUCGUCUACUUCCUGGGCGUGGGCGAAUAUAUCCUCAGCUUCUUGCCUAAGAAAAACAACUAAGACGCGCCUCUGUUCUGCCUUCCCUCCCAUGAUGCAUUACAUCAGCUCCAUGAGGAUUCGUCUGAUUCUUAGAGGUUUUUUUUUUUAUUAUUUGGAUCUCAUUUAUUUUUGUUUUUAAAUUGUUGUGCUGAAUGUUCAAAAAGUUCAGAAGGGAGCCUUUGUUUUGCCAAGAUGCCUGUGGCAGCGCACAAGUUUCCAGUUGGCAAGCUCCGCCACAGCAGCUUUCUGGAAAUCAUGCUACAAACAGAGGUCUGUAAUUAAAUGAUUUUAUUGUACUUUUAAAUAUGAUUGUCAAACCUAGCAAAUUAGAUGUACUGCCCUUGGCUGCAGCAGCUCUGCAAGCCGUUCAGUAAUGCUCUUUGGAGGCUUCAUUACCCUUUCAAUAUCAGAACUACGUGUUGCAUUUUAUGUGAAAUUUCUAUUUUCCUCUGCCCUAAAUUGAGCAAUAAAGUCAAAAUCUUCUGUUAGAAAUAUAUAGAAAAUCUGGAGUAGGCAUGGGCCAGAAUGAAAUUCUCAUGGUAUGACAAGUAUGUGCACAAAAACAUGAUAGUACUGGUUUAGACAUAAAUUCUGAAACAACAAUUCAUAAAAUUCUUUUAAUUUGAAGCAGAAAAUCAAACAAGUAUUGCUACUCCUGCUAAAAUUAUACUACAAUGAGUUAUGAUAUUGUUAAAUAUCAAAUAUAUUAUGAUUAAGAAUAUUAAUAUUUUAUUGAUAAAUGGACACAAGCAAAUAUGCAAGGAUUUAGCUUAUUAUUAUGCAGAACAUAAAUUAUACACAUAGUUUUGUGGUUUUGUUGUUUAGAGAGAGAAACUAUAGUGGUCUACUAAUAUUAUUAGCUGGUUAAUUAGAUAGCUAGCCUGCAGCCAGCUGCUGAACAGACACACCAAAGUGUGACAACAAGUGAUAGGUGGAAAUCAGUUGGCUUUCAUGAACAGCUAAUUUUGUUCUUUCUUGAACACAAGGACAAAAGGUAGCAGCCUUUUUAAGCCAGCUGACCAACAGCAUGCAGAAAUAGUUUGGGGAGGGGCUUCGAAAAAUGUGUUGUUGUUUCCAUGGCUCCUUGUUAGAAAAACCUUUAGUUGAAAUAACUGUAUAAUGUAAACCUUCAGUGUAACUUUUUAAAACCAUUGUAAUACAUUGAUUUCAGUAAUCAGCCCAUGCCUAAUCUGGAGCUUUAGAGCAUUACUUAGAAAAAAGUCAAACAGUCUUUAUGUAAUGAGAGAAUACUAAACAGUGGGAGUCUGGUUCAUGCCAAGUCCCAGGGCAGUGUGUUGAUGUGAUACCAGCUCACUCCCUAUAAUCUUUCCUGGGAAUCUACUUCCCUUUCCCUGUACAGUAAGUGGUUGUAAUGAACUCAGCGGUUCAGCUCAGAGCAGGCUUUGAUUGCCUUGGCUUUUUAAGGAGAUCAGGUUCCAUCUGAUAUUUAGCUUAGCCACAGUGGUUCUAAUGUUUGGCCUCCGAGAACAAUGUCUGUUUUUUGUUCUCACCCCAUGCAACUUCUGAUUAUUGUGAACGGCCACAAACUAUGUGGUGCUGAAGUUUAAAUUCGAAACAAAAUCACAGUUGAGUGAUCAUCGAGGAGAUUGCCUUUGAGCUUUAAAACCCUUGCGUGCUGAAAUGUUCUGCAAUCUGUGAUUUACUGUGGAUUUCUAGAUGGUCAGACAUCAUGUUGUGAAACCUGUAGACGCAGACUUGGUUUUUUUUUUGUUUACACAAGAGUUUGCUCUUCAUUUUCCAGCUUUGUCCAAACUUGCGUUCAGUGGCAGGACCCAAAGAGCUAAUGAAAAAUGUUUUCAUUCAUUUGAAAAGUCAGACCAGUGCGCUCUCAGUGUUGUGUGAUUUGUACCAAACAUUUCUGCUUGUUUGCUUUAUUGGUUUUGUUUGCUUUAAGCUGCCGGGCGUAAAAAAGAAAAAAGAACAGCCCUGUCGUAUCUUGUUUAUGCAUCACAACACUGAGGCGCCCUGCCAUUGGUGUAUCUAGUCGGAGAUCAAGGUGACUUUGAUGUGUAUUAUCCAAUCACAUUCCUUCCUUGCUCCCACUGGUCAAGCAGCUCUUCACUUGUUCUGUUGCACUUCUGAUGCAACUUUUUCAGUGUGAUAUCAUUUGUGGGAGUGAGCUUUAUUUAUAGAUAUUCCCUCCUAGAAGCAGUAUAGUGUUAUAUAUUUGUAUGGGUUUUUUUUAGUGUUGUAUUGUCUACUUUGUUAUCUAUAUUGUACAUAUUCAGAUGAAAUGGACUCUGUUUUAGAAUUUAUUGUUUUUGUACAUUUUGGUUUAUUUGCACACCUACCUCUCCACCUUUCCCAUUCAAUUCAUGUUGUGGUGAUUUUAUGUUAGAAUGAUAAGUCAAAUGAAGGAACAUCAAAGAGUUUUUUUAUUACUGUACGCCAAGGGGAACACUAGCUGAUCUUCAGAUGGAUUUUUUUUUUUGGAGGUGCCAUUUUCCCGGACUAUGAGUUAAAUCUGUGGGUUCAGCCACUUGUUUGAACAUAGGACCAAAUGAAGAAUCUUCCUGCUGAAGUUUAGUUUCCAGUGAAUGACAUAACAAUAAAUAAAUGCACACUGAGGAAGACGAGCUCUAAGGAAGCUGCUUUGUUAAUGUCUGAAUGGUGCUUCUUCUACGAGGCUGCUGCAAUACGACAGAGGCUGCACUAAAAACCGAGGCGGCUAAACUCAGCCUCUCUCCACGUCUUACUGUAACUGAAAGCCAUAAAUCAGGGAGGAGACCGCUAGACACCAAGUGGCAUCUUUCAACAGUGGAAGCAGACAAUAAGUUUGAGGGAGGUGAAAAAAGCAAAGAGAACCACCAACUCAUUUAAAUUUGUCUUUAUUAUUAUUAUUAAUAUUAUUUUCUUUGACAUUCUGACUUGAUUUUACAUGCAUUUCUGUUCAGAUGUUUACCUGCAGUUAUGGGCAUGGAUUUAAUUUAACUUUUCUUUUUCCAGGUUAGAGAGAUGAUACUUUGUACAACUAUGUUUUUUAAGAACAAGAAUUGGGUGCUUAGUAUAUAUUUCUAACAUGGGUCUAAAUCCACCCAGGGUCAAAAUUACACAUUGCAUUGGUUAAAUGCUCCAGGAGCACAAGCAGCAAAGCAGACCCUUACAAAAAAAUCCCAU